CUUGUUUCUUGAUACAAUUUCUGCAUGCGUAAAGUGAAAUUGAAGAAUCUCGAGUACGUUCACCUUUCAUAUUAUUCCUCAAAAUGCAAUUCAAAUGGUUCUGCGUCAUUGAAUGUAUUUUCAUGGCAGUUCUUCUGGCUUUUCAAGCCUGGGCCUACACUGAUGACAUUGAAGCUCAAACUCUGAGAGAGAUGUACAGAGCCUUUAACAGCCCACCACAAUUGAUAAAAUGGAGACUUGAGGGCGGUGAUCCGUGCGAGGAACUAUGGACAGGAGUAGGAUGCUCAGGGUCAUCAGUGGUUCAAAUUAAACUUGAAGGUUUAAACCUCACUGGUAUCUUGGGAUUCCAGAUUUCCAAUCUGCAACACUUGAAGCAGCUGGAGCUUAGUUCCAAUAACAUUCAAGGCGAAAUCCCUUAUGAGUUACCUCAUAAUUUGACACACUUAAUUUUGGCAUGCAACAAUUUCAGCAAUAGCAUUCCCGGUUCCUUGACUAGUCUGAAACAUCUCCAGCAGCUGAAUCUAAGCCACAACAUGUUAUCUGGAGCUUUAGGAGAUUUUUUUGGCAGCAUGGAGAAUCUGAAACAGAUGGAUUUAUCACACAAUAACUUCACAGGUGAUCUACCUAGUUCGUUUAAAGCUCUGAAAAACUUGACGAGCUUAUUCAUGCAGAGCAAUUCAUUCACUGGAUCAGUUAUUCAUUUGUCUGGGCUCUCACUGAAAGACCUGAAUAUCCAAGAUAAUCACUUCAGUGGUGUAAUUCCAGAAAAUUUUCAAAAGAUAAGAAACUUAUGGAUUGGGGGUAAUAGAUUUGACAGGGGAGGAAACUAUUCGCCCUGGAAUUUCCCUCUGGAUGUGAUGCCCAGUGAGAAGAAUAUCAGUAGUCCACCAACUAUGCAGUCAAGUGCCAUUAAGAAGAAUAUCAGUAGUCCACCAACUAUGCAGUCAAGCACCACCAUUGAGAAGAAUUAUGCUUCUCAUACGAAAGGAGGAGAGUCCAAAGGAAAAAGAUCUGGGGCACUCGUUGCUGUGGUAAUCGGAGCCUCUCUUUUGGCAAUCUGUGCUGCACUCUUCGUUGUUGUUCGGAUUCAUAGAUCUCGCAAGCUGAUUCUCAUAGGCUCAGUAUGCACUGAAAAGUGUAUUCAUUAUCUUACUAAAGACUGCUCUUCUACAGUUAAAGAAGACAGUCGAUACUCAUCACAAAUGAGCUCUCCACCACUUAUAUCUUCAUGGCAAUUACCACCGGUUCCCACCAGAACUAUGAAGACGUCCAGAAGGAGCUUUGUCAAUACAUGCGAAGCUCCAAUAUGUGCAAAAUCCUAUACAAUAUCAGAGCUCCAAUUAGCAACAAAUAACUUCAGUGAAGAAAACCUUCUUGGAGAGGGAUCCCUUGGUUUCGUUUACAGAGCAGAGUUCCCGGAUGGACAGACAUUUGCUGUGAAGAAUAUCAACACGGUAGAAUUGUCUCUCCAAGAAGAAGAAAAUUUCUUGGAUGUAGUUAGGACUGCAUCGCGAUUGAGGCACUCCAACAUUGUAGCGCUCUCUGGCUACUGUGCGGGGUAUGGGCAGCACCUUCUUGUGUAUGAGUAUGUAAGGAGUGUUUCUCUUCAGGAUGCUCUGCACGAUACUGGAUUCGUACCUUUGUCUUGGACUCUCAGACUACGCAUUGCACUUGGCACAGCUCGUGCUUUGAAUUACUUGCAUUCCUCCUGUGUGCCUCCGAUUGCGCAUAACAACCUGAAGGCUGCCAACAUCUUACUGGAUGAGGAUAAUAGGCCUAAGAUUUCUGACUGUGGAUUGGUCAACUUGAGACCCCUGACCACAAACAAUGUUAAACUCAAGGCUUCUGAGAUGGCUAUAUCUGAUAGUGGCUAUGUCCCGCCUGAACAUGACCAAGGGGGAUUUGGGAACACGAAGGCAGACGUGUACGCUUUUGGGGUGAUACUUCUUGAACUCCUAACAGGAAGACAGCCAUUUGACAGCUCAAGGCCGGGAAAUGAGCAGUCGUUGGUGGAAUGGGCUUCAUUCAGGCUUCAUGACAAGGGGUGUGUUGCAGAGAUGGUCGAUCCAGCCAUGUCAAGAACAAUCCCUUCCAAGACUCUCUCGCGUCUUGCUCACAUAAUCUCACUCUGUAUACAGGCUGAGAAGGAGAUGCGGCCGGCAAUGAGUGAAAUGGUGGAGUGGCUGAAGGGUGUGUUAAACAAGCAGCCUGGGGGAGGUAGUAGACAGGUUGCAGAAGCAGGUGAAGUUGAGGGCUAUGAGCGAUCAUUCCGCACCACCUCAAGCUGUUUCUUUGGCUCGCCAAGAGUAGCCUAAACUCAUCAUCAUCAUGAUCAUGAUGCUUCUUUUGUGACUAAAAUACUCUCUUACAACAUAUAAUUCAGAUUUUACUACAUAUACAUAUACAUAUAUGAUUGUACCGACAAUAGAAGUUUCC